UCUAUGCGCUUAAAUUCUCACAAAUGAUUGGUCAGUCAACCGCUACGAGCAUUCGUUCUCGCUCCGAAAACGCCAAAUACGCUUUCAAACCAAAAUGGAGGAUUUGUCGGUCGAGGUGUACGGUGAUAAUGGUGCUUAUUAUAAGGCCAUUGUCACCGACGUGCUCGACAACGAGGUUCUAGUAGCCUUUGAAAAUGACUGGCAGCCGGAGUCCAAGUUCCCUUUCUCGCAAGUGUUCUUACCACCUAAAGACACCGGUAAACACACAGAGUUCGUGGAGAACCAAGAAGUGGAAGUAUACGCGAGGUCCAACGAGAAGGAGGCAUGCGGCUGGUGGACUGCCAAUAUCAAGAUGAUGAGGGGCGACUUCCUCGUGAUCGAGUACCUGGAGUGGGACAACUGCUACACGGAGAUAGUGCCAAAGGACCGGCUCCGGGUCAAGGUGCCCAAGACCCCCAUCGACAAGAACACCUUCCACAAGUUCGAGAUCAACGUACCUGACUAUCUCAAGGACUACCUGCACGACAUCCACAGCGCGAAGGUGGAGAACGCGCACAAGGAGUUCCAGAAGGCGAUCGGCGCGGCCGUGGUGUGGUACGUGCCCGACCGCGCCGUGCUCGCCGUCAUCUCGCGCUGCGACUCCUCCAGCAAGCGCGCGGAGAUGCUGCACGAGAUGCACUUUAGGAACUUAAGUCAGAAAUUGACGCUGCUCAAAAAGACUGAGGAGGCAGCUAGACAACUGGAGUCCACGAAAAUACAUAAUCAAGGAGGGGAUGGUGUGUUGGGCAGGUACACGGAGGAGUUCAAGGUGCCGGACGACCUCAUGGGGCUCGCCAUCGGCACCCACGGCGCCAACAUACAGCAGGCACGCAAGGUGCCCGGCGUCACCAACAUCGAACUCGAGGAGGGCUCCUGCACCUUCAAGAUCUGCGGAGAGUCAACGGAAGCAGUCCGGCGGGCCCGGUCGCUGCUGGAGUACGCGGAGGAGUCGGUGAAGGUGCCGCGCGACCUCGUCGGCAAGGUCAUCGGCAGAAGCGGCAAGGUCAUACAGGAGAUCGUCGACAAGAGCGGCGUCGUUCGUGUUAGUCACGUUCCAGUGAAGGUGGAGGGCGACAACGACCCGCAGCCGUCGGCGCCGCGCGAGGAGGGGCUCGUGCCCUUCGUGUUCGUCGGCACGCGCGAGAACAUCGCCAACGCCAAGGUGCUCGUCGAGUAUCACAUCGCACACCUCAAGGAGGUGGAGCAGCUGCGGCUGGAGAAGCAGGAGAUCGACCAGCAGCUGCGCGUGGUGAUGGGCGGCGCGGGCGCCUACCCCGCGCCGCGACACCCGCCGCCCGCGCGCGCGCGCCGCCCGCGCCCGCCGCCGCCGCGCUACCCGCCCGGCGGCGGACGGCCCACGCCGGAGCGCGGCGACGAGCGCGACGGAUUCCGCCCCCGGGCGAGGCCUCCACGGGCCAACAGGUCGAGCGAGCGAGGUGAGCGAGGUGAGCGGGGAGAGCGCGGCGAGCGGCCCGAGCGGGGGGAGCGCGCCGAGCGGCCGGAGCGCGGCGAGCGGCCCGAGCGCGGCGAGCGCCCCGAGCGCGCCGAGCGCCCCGAGCGCCGCGUGCCCGUCGAGAACGGCCGCGCGCACCCCGCGCACCCCGGCGCCCGGCCCAGGCCCGACGCGCGCCAUCCCGCAGCUACCGGCAGACGACGUGAGGACCGACGAAGGCAAACUGACGACGAAAGUUCCGUGCUCGACAGCCAGGACGUAUCCAGUGCAGACAGAGACUCGGCGUCGUCGUCGGAGGGCCGCGGCGCCGGCGACGCGCCCGCCGCCCGCCGCCGCCGCCGCAGGAGGCAAGGAGGCGGGUGGAAGAACGGCGUGAGCGGCGGCGGGACGGGCGCGGCGGCGGCGCCGGCGGGGGCGGCGGCGGGGGUGGCGGGCGCGGCGCCGGCGGAGGCGGUGGCGGCGGGCGGCGCGGGGGCGGCGGCGCUGGCGGACGCGCCGCGCGACAAGCGCUCGGGCAACAAGCGGCGCUCGCCGCUGGCCAAGCCGAAGGCCGAGCCCGUGCUGAACGGCACCGCGUAAGGCGCGGGCCGUCCCGCCGCGGGACUGACACGACGCGGCGGAUCGCCGACAGUACCCGGCCCGGCCCCGCGCCGGAGCCCGCGGCCGCCACUGCGGUCCGCGCAUCGACUAGACUUACUCGUAUUAUGCUUUUGUAAGAGAUUCGUGAUUUGUAUUCCUGAUUAUUCGAUAAAUAUGAAAAAUUAAAGAUGUGUACGUCGCUCCCCGGACGAUACGCGCCGAUCGCGGCCUUUCGGUACCUUUAUGGGAGAUCGGACAUAGCGCAGUACAUACGUGUGUCGUAGCCUGUACUCUGUGGUUAUGUGAUUUCCUAUAAAAUAAACAUUUCUGUACAUAUUUUCAA